CAUAGUGUGAGACUAAACAUCAAAAUAGCAUAUAAUUAAAUUGGUGAAUUAAUAAUGAGGGACCAUCAUUACUAGUAAUUAAAGAAGAGAAAGCAAAUGAGAUCUCUAGGAUUAUGUGAAUAAGGAGUUAACUUAUUUUCUCCACGCAUAAAAAAAAAAACGAAUUAGGUUAUAAUUAUAACAUCUAUUACGAAUAGAACAUCUUAACAUGGCAGAUGACUAUAACUGAGCAAUAUAUGUUUUGCUAUUCGCAACUUGAUGCAUAUCAUACGAAAUUAUCAUCGUGUGCAUUCACCUAUAUCCCUAUUAGGGGGUGUCAGUUUGGUUAUGUUAACCGAACUGAAAUGCAUUAACAAAACCGAAAAACGAACUAGGAUGUUUACCCGAAACCGAAACCGAAACCGUAAAACGCUUAUUGGUUUCCGGUUAACCCAAAACCCCUACAUAUCUCGAUUACAAAACUCGAAACCGUUGCAACUACUGGUUUCGAUUUCCAUUUUCCAAUUCAAAUCAGUGGCGGAUCCAGGGCUGGGCCAACCCAGGCCCCGGCCCAGCCCUCCUCCGGAUCCAGAGUUAGUUUAGUACUUAUAAAAUUUUUCGAUUUAGGUAUUUGGCCUAGUGCUAUUUAAAAUUCUGUCUAGUUUUAUUUGAAAAUAGGAUUUUGUGUAACUAAGAAAAUGGUUCUGAUGAACAUAUCCAAACUAUUACUUUAAAUUUAUCCUAAAUUUUCUAUAGCCCCAAUGAUUUUAUUUGAAAAAUGACAUGAAAACCUGAAAGUGUAAAGUUUCAUUAAAAUAAAAUAAAAAACUCUAAACUAAAUCACACCCUUCCUUACAAAAUUCAAAAAAUUUCUCAAUCCCCCCAAAACAAAACAAGAACGAGGAGACGAGCAGACCCAAAUGGAUUUCUCCGCCAUCCCGUCGAGCUGGUUUUCUUUCCAUUCUUUUGAUUAAGAAAAUAUUUACAAACUUGUUGUCAUCAUUUAGAUAGCAUCAAUUGAGUGGGUCACUAGAUUCUAACAGUUCUUUCUGGUGUUUUGAUGAAGAAAAUACUUACAAACUUGCUCAAGAGUUUAGCCUCGAGACUUUGAAGGCUAUGAGAUGCAUUCUUUGGAGAAUGCACUACUCAUGUGAGGAAGAUGAAGUUUCUUCUCUUGCAAAAUUAUUAGAGAACCUGGAGGAAACAGAGAUGGACACAUAAUACAAAUUGAUUUGUCGGUUGAUUUGUCUAGUGUUGACCUAGCCGUUUCAACAACUACCAUGGAGAAAAUAUUUUCAGCAAUGGAACAUGAAAAUUGUUUUGUGCAACAAAAUGAUCGAUGAAUUUCUCGUUGAUUACUUAGUUAUUUUCUUUGAAAAAGAGUAUAUUAUCGGUAUGGAUGGAGAUUAUAUUAUUGAUGAAUUUGCUAAAUUAAAAUAUUUUCCAGUACAAUUGGCAUUGUAAUGAAAACUAUAUUAUUAUAUAUUUUUGUUUAUGGUAUCUAAUAUUCUAUUCAAAUGCGGCCCAAUACUCACUUAUGUCCUGGAUCCGUCGCUGAUUCAAACUGGUAUCGGUCAGAUACAAACCAGUUUGAAACCGAAAAUUCAGAAUUGAUAUUUACUUACCGGCCGACUCGGUACUGAAGUAAACCGAAACCAACAUCCCAAUCCUCAACCCUAAAAUCCCGACUAAAAGAGAGAGAGAAUAAGGAGUGAGGAGGCAAGAAAAGGGACAAAAUAAAGGGGAGGCACCGCAAACAAAGGGAGGGGAGGUGAGGUGGGACCCGCCCUAAGUUGUACCGGUACGUGACAUGUCAUUUUCUAUCCCAGUCUUAAAACUGCGGCCCGUUCGAUUAGAGGCAGCAAUCAACCUCCGGCCACCACCUCCACCGCCACCCUUGUGUCCGGUGGGUCCGCUUCUCUAUGUAGAUCUUUCUUCUGAUCAACUACUCUUCUCUCACUCUUCCUUCCUUCUAGCCCUUUGAAGAAGAAGAAGAAGAAGAAUGGCUGAUGACGUACACGCAUUCCGGUCAAUAUUUUCCCCAACCUAAUAUUUAACUUACUUAACACCACCAAUCCACUCCCCUGUUCUGUUCAUGACUUUUGGGGGUGGGGGGGGGGGGGGGUAUGAUCACGUUUCUCAAAUUUUCAAAACCGGAUCGUAUACCAUCGUGCGGAUCGAGCUGGAAAAUUUGAAUCAUACGUACUAAUUAAGGAGAGGGAUCGAAAUCGUGCACAUUAACUAAUCUACUACCUAUAUUUGAAGAGGUUGAGGGGGGUAUAGCACGCCCCUACCUUCAAGCUAGUUUCUCCACUGAUUGUAUAGCGCAAAUGUGUAGUAGUUCUAACAGCUGCAACUAAGUUGCACUGAGUACUAUCACUGAAAACAGCGGUAAUCGGGCAGAGUAGGAUGAUAGCUUACGAGAUUAAAAUGUUUUAACUCGUUUGAGUAACAUCUUAGUGUCAAAUUCAAUCAUAACUAAUUCUUGGUGUAGUCCUUUUGUACACUAAGGAGAAAGAAAAAAGUUACAUGUGAUAAAAGCUUUGUUGUAGCACCUUGUGAUUUUAAAUGUUUAUCAGAGAAGCGAAUUAUAUUGGAUUGGUGAAUGCUAAAUAUUAAACGCUUAACCAUUAAAAUAAUAAGGAGAAAAUGGUAAACGCUGAUAGUGAUGGAUGUAGAGAAGUUGGUACAAUUUGGAAGUAUGUAGAAGACUAUUAAAGUUAUAUUUUUCUAGUUCAAAAUCAAAGACUUCUCAUGAGUGUAAAAGGUAAUAUAUGGACUUUUUAUUUGAAAGGAAUACCUGGUUUAAAUUACAAAAUCCUAACUUUUAUAAGUCGAUGCUGUAUCGGUUGGAUAAAUCAAUUGCCUUAACUUAGUUUUCAACAUAUCUUAAUAGGUAAGCUCUCUCGUCCCAUCGCUAUUUUUUAGUACUGGUGUGUAUUUCUACAAAAAUUACAUGAAAGAAUGAAAUUGUUCCACAAACUUCAAUCAGUAAAAAAAAAAAUACCACCCAUGAGCGAAAUUUACCUUAAAUUCAACAAAUUUUACUCUACCAUAGAAAAAGAAAAAAAAAGAAUAUAAGAAAAAUGGUCGAAAUGCUGGGGUGGGUGUGCCCACUUGCUGGAAACCGGUCGCCAAGCCAGCAGCUCCAGUUACUGCGCCUGAUGUGCUAAAUAAGAGUGAGUCACUGAGUCAAUCAAUUUGCGAAAAAAAAAAAAAAAAUUCUAACAAAUCUCCUCCUCCUCUUCUUCUUCCUUCUUCCUUCCUUCCUUCCUUCCUUCCUUCAUCCACACAUGUACACCACCGCCUCCUUUCUUAUUCCCUAAUUAAUUAACUACUUCUCUUCACUCCCUGGAGGCCGCGUCUAUAUAUCCAUCCCUCCAUUCCCAUAAACCAACAAAAAACACAAAGCGAAGUGAGAGUGAGCUGAGAAUUGAAGUCGGCGGUGGCAGUCGACCCUAAUUGCAGAAAGAAAGAGAGAGAGAGAGAGAGUAUGAGCAAAGAGGAGAAGAGCGGGGAGGCGGCGGAAGAGGGAAGUAAUAAUAAUAGCUGCAGUGGCGGUGGAAGCAAGGAACUGGCAGUCGGUGGCGGAGGAGGAAGGGAUGUUGCUGCUGUUGUUGUUGAUGACGAGGAGGAUGAGGAUGAUCACGAGCAUGACAUGGUGAUGCCCGGGUUUCGUUUCCACCCGACGGAGGAAGAGCUUGUGGAGUUCUACCUUCGCCGUAAGGUGGAGGGCAAGCGCUUCAACGUUGAGCUCAUUACUUUCCUCGACCUUUACCGCUACGACCCCUGGGAGCUCCCAGCGAUGGCGGCGAUAGGGGAGAAGGAGUGGUUCUUCUACGUGCCGAGGGACAGGAAGUAUCGGAACGGGGACAGGCCGAACCGGGUGACGACGUCCGGUUACUGGAAGGCGACGGGGGCGGACCGGAUGAUCCGGACGGAGAGCUCGAGGUCGAUCGGGCUGAAGAAGACGCUGGUGUUCUACUCCGGGAAGGCGCCGAAAGGGAUAAGAACGAGCUGGAUCAUGAACGAGUACCGCCUCCCUCACCACGACACCCAGCGCUACCAAAAGACGGAGAUAUCGCUUUGUCGGGUAUACAAGAGAGCCGGAGUGGAAGACCACCACGGCGGCCCCUCCCUCCCACGCUCACUUCCUUCAACCAGAACACCUCCUCCUCAUCAUCAUCAUCAUCAAAAACAACAACACUUGGGCGCAUCCACCUCUAAUUCCUCCUCCUCAACCUCCAACAAACACCACCACCAUCACCUACAACAACAAACUCCACAAUACCCACAGCUCAACCUUCAACAACCCUUCACCCAAGUCCUCAUGGAAGUCGACAAGCUCACCUCCUCCUCCUCAACAACAGCAGCCCUAGAAAACACCACCGCCGCCACGACUCUAGGGUUACUACUUCCCAACCACAUGAUCACACUGGCGGCCACCACCACGCUGCAGGCACCAGCGCCGCCAGUACUCCCGCCGCCGCCACCACAUGAAGUAGUGGCCGACGAGCAGUUCCUCAUCCUCAGCAACACUAACAACGCCACCAACAAUAAUAAUGACAGUAACACUACUACUCUCAAUGCUUUGGAUGAUCUACACCGGUUGGUGAACUUCCAGCAGCAGCAGCAAUACUAUACCUCACUACUUCAACAGCAACAACAGCAGCAGCAAAUGAUGUUCCUGCCGCCUCCACAUCAGCAGAUGCCGAGCUUUAGCAACAGCAGGUCGCCGCUGCAGAUCUGGGAGUGGAACAACAACAACAACGUUGUUCCCAUCCCGCCGCGGCCUGAUCAUCAAGCUAAUGACGAUGAUGAUAAUGAUCAGGUUCAAGUUCGAGGGCAUGGAUCGUCUGGUGAUCAUAAUCAUAAUCAUCACUACGACGUAAACCAAUAUUAAAAAGCAUCCCUUCAAGUGACACUUGAUCAGCAGCCUUAAUUACGUGGGAUUAAAAACUUAGCUAAUAGUUACGAAUGUUAGUCAAAUUUCUAUCUGUCAAUCACAUGCAUGGCGUACGUACGUGUUUAGUUAUUUGUGUGUGGUAAUUAGCGCAGAUAUAUAAACUCUAUCUUUCAAUGAAUUAGACGCAUAUAUAUAAAUAUCCUUUAAUUACUAAUCUCUAGCUAGCCGGGGUUUUUUUUAUUACUUGUAAUUAAUACCAGUCCGGGAGCAUGGAAUGGCUAGCUUCUCAAUUACAUGAUGAUGACUUGACUGACCACCAGUGUUUUAUGGCCAUACACCAAGCCAGACUAUAUAUAUUGGAUUGGUGAAUUUUUAGCUUUAUGGAUUAGGGUUCAUGCAUGUCUUGAUGAUCAAUAUGCAAUAAACUAUCUGUAUGUAUGUUUUAACGUAUUUGUAUAUCUAGUUCUUGAUUGCUACAUAUUGCACAGCAACUAUAUCUGUCACUAAAUUCCUGAUUGCAUUAUCACUUGAACUGAAUAGUACGUAGUUCUGGUUUAAAAGUACAAACUUUCCUAAGAAAUCAACAACCGUGAAUUGAGUGCUUACUGUCAUGAACCAGUUGAUCCCAAUAACUCGAGUUGUUGGGAGAAGUUCAAUCGUGGAUCAUAUACCACAACACUAACACGCCCCCUCAAACGAAAGCCACUCACAAGGGCUUGAAGUUUGCACAGGUCUGAAGACAAGAAUACCAUGUGCUUAACAAAUGGGGGUCACCGGGAAUCGAACACAAGACAUUUCGGUCACAGAAGGCUAUGAUACCAUGUCAUGAACCAGUUGAUCCCAAUAACUCGAGUUUUUGAGAGAAGUUCAAUCGUGGAUCAUAUACCACAACACUAACACUUACCUUUCCACCAUGCCUGCUGAAUCUUAUGCACUUAUAGUAGUCACACUGGUACUAAUGCGACUUGUCCAUCAAGGUCAAUACAUGCAGUUGCCAUUCCCACCUAGGCGCGAGCAAUGGAACUUUUCAUAAACCAUCUGAUUCCAAUAAGAAGCACGACACAUAUGAUCAGUUUACAAACUGGAAAAAAAACCAAACACACAAAAUUGAACAAAAAAACAAUGACAUAACAACAUGCAUCUCGAAAUAUAUAUGUCAAUAUAUUUUGCACAAAGACUAUCUAGCAAACCUGAUAAAAAAAGAUUUAUGAUCCUUCCAUGAUUUCGGAUUCCAUCGAGGAGAGAUUCUACUCAGCGGCUCCUCGCUUGCAAUUCCAUCGGAACAGGAAUGUAUCACUCUCACUUUGGUUCUACGUUAAGCCCUAGCCCUAGCCCCUAAUUAAGAAGUAUGAACGCAAAUUUGCCCAACUGGAGUUGGUUUACGUAAAUAUAUUGGGAUAAGGGCUUUAUAAAUUGGACCAGGGUCGAAUGGGCUUGAGCUGCGGCCCAAAGCAGAAGAAGGAAUGUGCUCUUUUUAAGAAAUCAAUAAUAGUCAGUUAAAUCAUUGCUUACUUUCAGACAACAAGCCCGUCUAGCUCAGUUGGUAGAGCGCAAGGCUCUUAACCUUGUGGUCGUGGGUUCGAGCCCCACGGUGGGCGUUUCAUUGUAGUUCGUAUUUUUUUCUGCAGCUGCAACUAUCGAACGUGUGAAUUGUGAUCAGAUGCCUUCAUCAUUUCUUUCUCUUUUUCUUUUUCUUUUUCUUCGACAUAUAACACCUAUCCAAGCAAUACUCUGCUCUGCUGAUGAUGAUCCUUCACUGCGGGGUGGGCACGUGGGUGGUUAAUUCGUGAGUGGUUAUCGAUCCACCCACAAAUAACCCGACUCGUAUACAGUGGGUGAUUGAUGUGAGCGGAUUGCGGAUUGAUAAAUCUCUCACCUGCACUUAUGUGGGUGGGUGGGUGGAUUGCGGGUCACCCGUAUGACCUGCAUCCUAUUUUUACAUUAAAAAAAUGUUGUUUCUUAA